AAGUUGGGGAAUUCAGUUGACUAUGUAAUAAUUAUGGAUGAGGAGAAUGAGGUGAAGAAGCCUUUUGAAGUUGCAGGUAGAAGCUUAAUAGACUUGGUCUUCUCUUGGUCUCUGAGGAAUGUUCUCGACAGAGAUCUUUAUAAACACCAGGUGACCAAAAUUCCAAAGACAUUUUCGACAGUGGCGAGUUACAUGAAGUCAUUCAUUCCUUCACUUAUUGAGGAGACUCAUUCUGAUUUACUCUCAAGCAUGAUGGCUCUUUCGCAGGCACCUAUUUGUGAGAUUCUGACUGUUGAAACUUCUAAGCAUCAUAAGGCUCUCAAAGACUUGUUCUAUGAAAUUACAGUUAGGAAGACGAGACAAACCGAAAGUAAUGCAGGAAAAUAUGAGCCAAAGGUUGGAGAUAUCUUUGCCUUGACUAAUAUUAGACCAAAAUGCAUUGAUGAUUUGAACAGGCCUGGAAAUUUCUAUCUUGUUGCAUAUGUUCUCCGAUCGAAAGAUGACAGCUCAGGCAAGCUCCCAAUACUCUCAUCAAAGCCUAUCAGUGGAGAAGGAUACUGUUGGGGCCCGGAAAUUAAACUGCCCCAAAUAAACAACGAAUUGACCCAUGUCAAUUUUGGUCCAAAUAGAUUCAAGCAAAUAGAGAGCAAGAGAGAAACACUGUUUGCUGUCUAUUUGAUGAACACGAUCACAAAUGUUCGUGUAUGGAACGCGUUGAACUCAGACGAGGCGAACACAAAUAUAAUUAAGAAUGUGCUGAAAGUGCAACCCAAUUCAUCAGAUGAUGAGAAUUCUUGCACAAUUUGUUUUUCCAAACAAAUAUACUCCCCUGCCCUUUCUAGAAAAUGGUCCAAAAUGUGCUCUGAUCUAAAUGAUUCCCAAAAGGCAGCAGUUUUAAACUGUAUCAGUUUGAGCAAGUGUCAUCACCAUAAUGCCAUAAAACUAAUAUGGGGACCUCCGGGAACUGGAAAAACCAAGACAGUUGGUAUGUCACUCUUUACCCUCUUUAAGUUGAAGUGCAGAACACUAACAUGUGCUCCAACCAAUACUGCCGUGUUAGAAGUUACGGCGAGACUCCUGAGGUUGGUUAAUCAGUCUCUUAAUUAUGGAAAGUAUGGACUAGGAGAUAUAAUUCUAUUUGGGAAUGUGGAGCAAAUGAAGAUCGAUAAGUAUAACGACCUUUUUGAGGUAUUUCUUGAUACUCGUCUUAAUAUUCUCUCUAAGUGUCUUGCCCCUUUGUCUGGUUGGAAACACUGGUUAGAAUCCCUGAUAGGUCUACUUGAGGAUCCACAGCUACACUACAUGUUGUAUGUAAAGCAAAAGAGGGAAAAACACAAUAAGGGUGAUGACCAAGAUGAUAGCAGCUCAACAAGUGAUGAUGAGAAUCAUCUUUUGUCGUUUGAUGAGUUUGUGAAGAAAAAAUUUGUUUACUUUAGUGAGCAGCUGGAAACUUGUAUGGUAAACAUGUACACCCACUUGCCAACAUCUUGCAUUUCACUUGAGGUUGUGAAGGACAUGAUUACAGUUUUGGAUUUGCUUACGUUGAUUAAAUCUAUAAUGUAUCGGGCUGGUGUUGCGAAUCAUAGGUUACGAUUACUUCUUGAAGAAUAUUGCACUCAAAUUCUUAAGUCCCUCCGUGCAUUUUCUGUUCCAAAUUCGAAUGACCGACAAACAAUAAGAAAUUUGUGCUUGGCAAAUGCUUGUUUAAUAUUUAGUACUGCGUCAAGCUCUGCAAAAUUGCACACUGAAGGAAUGGCACCUCUGGAAAUGUUAGUGAUUGAUGACGCGGCUCAGCUGAAAGAAUGUGAAUCAGCAAUUCCUUUACAACUACCUGGUCUUCGCCAUGCUAUUCUCAUAGGAGAUGAGAGGCAACUCCCUGCUAUGGUUAAAAGCAAGAUCUCUGAGAACGCUGAAUUUGGAAGAAGUUUGUUCGAAAGACUUGUACUGUUAGGCCACAAGAAGCUCCUUCUCAAUGUCCAGUAUAGGAUGCAUCCAUCGAUCAGCAUGUUUCCGAAACAGGAGUUCUACAACAAUCAGAUAUUAGAUGGUCCAAAUGUCAGUGAAGUAAGCUAUGAGAAGUCCUUCAUUGAGGGCAGAAUGUACGGGCCGUACUCCUUUAUAAAUGUAGCCAAUGGAAAAGAAGAAUUUGAUCACCGGCAUAGUCUGAAAAACAUGGUUGAGGUUGCUGUGGUAUAUGAGAUUGUUUCAAGCCUUUACAAAGAAUUUACUCGAACAAAAAAGAAGGUUAGUGUUGGGGUAAUAUCGCCUUACAAUGCUCAAGUCAAUGCAAUUCAAUUGAGAGUCAGAAACUACAGUGAAGUUUCUGGCAAAGAUUUCUCUGUACGUGUGCGAUCUGUUGAUGGAUUCCAAGGUGGUGAAGAGGAUGUUAUAAUUAUCUCCACUGUCAGAUGUAACUGGAAUGGAUCUGUAGGUUUCCUCUCCGAUUGUCAACGAGCAAAUGUGGUGCUAACUCGUGCGAGGUAUUGCCUUUGGAUAUUGGGGAACGAAGCCACAUUGAGAAACAGUAACUCAAUUUGGAAGAAGCUAAUUCUUGAUGCGAAGAAACGUGAUUGUUUCUAUAAUGCUGAUGAUGACAAGAACUUGGCUCAGGCUAUUGCAGCAGCACGUCUAGAGCUUAACCAAACAGUGUGUGCAGCAGCAGGAGCAGAGCAAUUUACCUGAUGUAGAAGAAGCAUGUUUCUGGUGGUCUUUAAUUUCUUGAUGCAGCAAUUCAGUGAAACAAUUAUCGAAAUAUAUGAACCAUUUUUUUAUUACUUGAUAGCUUCCGUUGGUGUUUUCUUUUUUUUUUGGUUGUUCCUUCUAUUCUUGAUUGUAGCUGUUCUUCAUUCAUGGAUCCUCUUUUAUUCUUGUGAA